CAAACACAGACUGAAAAGUGAAUGUGAGAAGACGGGGGAGAGGAUCAGGGGCGCGCUGGGCUCCGGUGGAAAAGGUGCCAUCGCGUGGACCAAGAUGACGCAACCCACCACCACCACCCAUAAUCCUCUGAACAGCCCCCCAGUCACCUAAGGACCCCCACUCUGCUGACCCCCGAUAAUGAAUUCUGGGAGGUAAGACUCUCAAUGGAACAGAAAAAGAAGAUGCGGAUUGCCUAGAUAUGUUCCCGUCCACCGGAUGGUUGAUGACCUUAAUAGUCUUGACCGGAGCUUUGACGCGGUGCCAGUUGGCUUGUGAUGUCAGCACAGAUGGAAAUAUGGUCACCUGCAAAGGACGGGGCCUUGUAGGAGUCCCUCAAAACCUCUCAGAGAACCUGGAAUACCUGGAUCUAUCAUAUAACGUCAUUUCAGAAAUAGAGGCCGAUGACUUUUUACGAUAUCCCAAGCUACAAAUUCUAAACCUGAGCUACAACAAUAUAUCAUACAUAGAAAACGGAACAUUUCAGUAUAACUUAUUUAUAAGGAACUUGAGUUUGUUCAAUAACUCUCUCAUGGAGAUUCCUCAUUCUUCCUUGGAAAAUCUCAGAUAUUUGCAGAUCCUUGACUUGUCCAACAACUUCUAUGAACGAGCCACUCUUGAGGAUGUCUUCAGCUCUCUGGUGAAUCUUAAAGAUUUGUCUGUAGGAGGUCCUCUCAUCUCCAACAUCUUAAAAGAUGACUUUGCUUCUAUGGAAAAUAUUAGUCUCAUAAGGUUUGCUUUGAAAUCCAAGUCUAGCUUGGACUAUUAUGAACCCGGGGCCUUCUCAUUUCUGAACAUGCAGAAUUUGUGGCUGGACGUUGCUAUUGACAAAAACGCAACACUACUAGGCGAUAUGUUGAAGGAUUUGACAAACAAAUCCUUAAAUAGCCUCCGAUUUCGAAACUUGUUUGAGUUGUCUUAUUAUGUGGGCAUAGAAGAUAUAUUUUCUCAUCUACCAUAUAUUGGAUUAAGACACCUGGUCUUCUACAGAGGGAAAUUCAAUGAGAACCUCCUACGUCUAGUCUUGCAGAAUGUCCAGAGAGCGUUGAUAAAGAAUCUUUAUCUGAUUUCCAUUGAUUUUGCCCGUUCUCCAAAUGCUAAAAAAUCUGAAGUCACCAUCAACAAUUUAUAUUUGGAUAACCUGCUCAUACAGGAUGUCACCAACCCAGAUAUACUCCGAUUUGAUUGGACGUUCACUUGGUUCAACAAGGUAACCAACCUCAGUAUCAUUAAUGUGAACUUCAACUUUGUUCCUUGCGAUGCUUGGGGCCAGAUGACCAAUGUGGUCAAGCUAGAUAUAUCGGACAACCGUCUCCUGGCCACCUACCUGUUCAACCUGUUGUGUAAAGAUAACAUUUUACCCAAUAUUGAGAUAUUUAAUGCCAGCAACAAUAUAAUGCGCAGUCUGAAGACCAUCUCUUUGUUGACUGCUCAGUGGCCAAAGCUCACCUACCUUGACCUUAGGUCAAACAACCUUGGGAGUCUCAACGAAUCUUGUGUGUGGACAUCUAGCCUCAAAGUUCUUAUUUUAAGAGAUAAUUUGCUCAAGUAUGAAGUGUUCCAGUGUCUACCUACCACAGUGGAGUACUUAGACCUGUCCAACUCCCAUCUUGACCGAUUAAACAUGAAUUACUUUGACAUGGCCACCAGUUUGACACAACUCAUUCUCAGCAACAAUAAAAUCAAGUUUAUAACGUCCAGUUGGAAUAGUCCCAACCUUCAAGUGUUGGCACUGGAAGGCAAUUCUUUUGGAGUUAUCGAUAAGGGUUCUUUUCAAGACUUGCCCCAGCUGAAACUUUUGACAGCGGGCAACAAUCCUUACCACUGUACGUGCGACCUUUAUGCCUUCUUUACAGACACUCUUAAAGUGGGGUCUUUGGUUCUGGAUGACUGGCCUGAUUAUUAUUACUGCUUUCACCCCCCGCAUUUAUUGGACACUAGAAUUGAAUAUUUCCAACCAGGAUUACUGGAAUGUAAUGUUGGAUUGGUGGUGGCCAUAUCUGUAUCGGUGACAGCUUUUGUCGUCAUUGUCUGCAUGUUGCUGUGUUGGAGAUACGAUGCACCAUGGUACAUCAGAACAACUUGCCAAAUAAUCCAAAUGAAAUAUCGAUCACAGAAGUCUGACCAGAGCAGAAUCUAUGACUAUCAUGCCUUCAUCUCUUACAGCUAUUCAGAUGCUGAUUGGGUAAGAGGGGUUCUCCUCCCUCAUCUGGAGAACUCCAACCCACCCUACAAAGUAUGUAUCCACGAGAGAGACUUCCAACCAGGGAAAUGGAUCAUCGAUAACAUAAUCGAGAACAUUGAGAACAGCCACAAGAUCAUCUUCAUUCUGUCACACAACUUUGUCAACAGCGAGUGGUGUAACUACGAGCUGUACUUUGCCCACCAAAGGGCCAUUGGCCACGCAUUUGAGGAUGUCAUCCUGGUGGUCAAGGAAAGUGUUAGCAUGGAAGAUCUGCCAAAAAGAUUCCACAGGUUACGGAAAAUCCUUAGGACAAAAACCUAUUUAGAGUGGCCUGUGGAGGAAAACAGACAACCCUUCUUUUGGGUCCAGCUCAAGAGCAUCUUAGGAAAGGGCGACUCAAGCCUUGUAGGUAAAGAAAGCUUAUCCCUGGUGAAUGAUGCUAUCGUAGGGCAGGAGAGCAACUCAGAGGAAAUGGUAUUAUCUACAGAGGACAGCAAUGUGAAUUCAGCUGAAAACCAGACUUAGAAACCGUGUUCUUGUAUUUUACAAUGUCAUUGUUCUAAAUCGGGGGUCUCAAACUGGCGGCCCUCCAGCUGUUGCGAAACUACAAGUCCCAUGAGGCAUUGCAGGACUGACAGU